CUCGCAUGUAUUAAAUAACCGGCGCUUCCAAAUUCUCGCGUGAACUCAUCGACGAGUCAUUUGUGUUCUGCUGAAGAAAGACAGUCAUACACAUCUGGGAUGGCAUCAGGGUCUGGUCUUCUCUACCACACAACACAAUUCACCAGUAAAUACUGUGAAUAUUCCUGUCAUCUUUGAAUUGAAGAAGUUUUCCAGAAGUGCAGUACAAACUUCAAGUGUGUCAAUAAUUUCUGACAUACUAUUGUAAAGAUGGAUUUAAUUAAAGAGGAGAGAGAGGACAUGGGUUAUCCAGAAACAUACAGAGUGAAAAAUGAAGAAACUGAGGAACAAAUAGACCUGAUGCAAGUGAAAGAGGAAAGUCAAGAACUGGGUGAAGUGGAGGAGAAACAUCAGUAUCAGACAUAUACAAAUUCUGAAAAUAAUUCAUCCCAAAAAAGAAGUCAAAAGGCAAGAACCAAAAAAUGUAUAAACUGCCCUCUGUGUGAAAAAGGUUUUACACAAAAAGGACGCCUUGAGACUCACAUGAGAAUUCACACUGGAGAGAAGCCAUUCACAUGCCUUCAGUGUGGAAGGAGUUUUACUCGUUCUGACAGCCUUAAGAGGCACACACUAACUCACUCUGGAGAGAAGCUGUUCACAUGCCUUCGGUGUGGAAGGACUUUUACUUGUGAAGGCAGCCUUAAGAAGCACACAAUAGCUCACUCUGGAGAGAAGCCUUUCCAGUGCCCUCUGUGUGAAAAGUGUUUUUAUUGUAAUUGAGAACUUAAAGAGGCACACAACAUCUCAUGUCAGAAAGAAGCAUUUUAAAUG